AUGGCGACUACAGAUACUUUAUCAAGCUUCGUGCUACCUGGAGAGGCACUCGACCCCUCCCAGAUUCCCACACACAAGAAGAAGGCCCUACAGAUCGGCCCCGGCCUGAGACACAUACCGCCGAGCACCAUAGUUCCCACCGUAGCAGGCCAGCUCGUCGCAGAUCCGAAGAAGAAUUCGCUAUGGGUUGAGUACAACGGAGGCAGAUACAUCCCCGCGACAGGCGACCUCGUCAUCGGGCAGGUGCACCACGGCGCCGCCGACUUCUACUACGUCUCGCUGUCGCCGCACACGCCCAACGCGCUGCUCCCCACGCUCGCCUUCGAGGGCGCCACCAAGAAGACGCGGCCCCUCCUCAGCGCCGGCGCCCUCGUCUACGCCCGCGUCGCCCUCGCCAACAAGCACAUGGACCCGGAGCUCGAGUGCGCGCACCCGGCGACCGGCAAGGCCGACGGCCUCGGGCCCCUGGCGGGCGGGAUGGCGUACACGGUGUCGCUGGGCUUUGCGCGGCGGCUGCUGAUGGCCGGCGCGGGCGGGGCUGUCGUCGUGCUGGAGGAGCUGGGCGGGCUGGGGCUCAGCUUCGAGACGGCGGUGGGGAGGAACGGGCGCGUGUGGGUGGGCAGCGAGAGCGUGCGGACGGUCAUGGCGGUGGGCAGGGCGCUGCGGGAGACGGACGAGGGGAACCUCGACGAGGAGAGGCAGCGGAAGCUGGCCAGGAAGCUGGCCCGGGAGAUGAGCUGA